CUGACUCCGAAAGGCGGAGGCCCCACCCCUAGAGCGUGGCGUAAACCCGGGCCACGCCCUGAGGGCGGGACCGCGCCGGAUUGAGGCGGGCUGGCUCAGUGCAGCAGCAGCAGCGGGGGAAGAUGGCGGCGGCUGUUCCGCAGCGUGCAUGGACCGUGGAGCAGCUGCGCAGCGAGCAGCUGCCCAAGAAGGACAUUAUCAAGUUUCUGCAGGAUCACGGUUCAGAUUCGUUUCUUGCAGAGCAUAAAUUACUGGGAAACAUAAAAAAUGUAGCCAAGACUGCUAAUAAGGACCAUUUGGUUAAUGCCUAUAAUCAUCUUUUUGAAAGUAAGCGUUUCAAGGGUACUGAAACUACAAGUAAAGUGUCUGACCAGGUGAAGAAUGUGAAGCUUAGUGACGAUAAACCCAAAGACUCCAAGUCUGAAGAGACUCUUGAUGAGGGUCCACCAAAAUACACAAAAUCUAUUCUAAAAAAGGGAGAUAAAACCAACUUUCCUAAAAAGGGGGAUGUUGUUCACUGCUGGUAUACUGGGACACUCCCAGAUGGGACUGUUUUUGAUACUAACAUUCAAACAAGUUCAAAGAAGAAGAAAAAUGCCAAGCCUUUAAGUUUUAAGGUCGGAGUAGGCAAGGUUAUCAGAGGAUGGGAUGAAGCGCUCUUGACUAUGAGUAAAGGAGAAAAGGCUCGACUGGAGAUUGAACCAGAAUGGGCCUAUGGAAAGAAAGGACAGCCCGAUGCCAAAAUUCCACCAAACACCAAGCUCAUUUUUGAAGUGGAAUUAGUAGAUAUUGACUGAAACCAGUACUUCAGAUCGGACAUCAGCAAACAUAAAAAUGAGCUGUGGCUAAUUAGAGCUUGUAAGGGAAGAGUCAACUGGAAAAUUUAGAAACAUAAUCCCUUUAAGUCUCAGAUAUUUUCCUACGGCUAUGUAAAGUAUUCAAGAGAGCUGCUUUCCUUUUACCUCCUAAUCUAAAAGGCUCAAUAAAAAUGUCAUGGAUUGUCUUGACUUA